AUGGAUGCUUUUAAGUGUUUCAACAAUGACUGCUAUGGAGAUGGGGAACAAUCAUUUCCAGCACUGGAAGAGCUCAUUUUCCGUGAUAUGCCUAGUUUGGAGGAAUGGACAACAGUUGAUAGAGGAGAAAAUUUUCCUUGUUUGCGGAAAUUAUGGAUCCAUGGAUGUCCCAGUUUUGAUGAGUUGGAGGUUCUUCCAGAUGGACUGCUUCAAAAUCACAAGGUUCUUGAGACCCUAUGGAUUAGUAGACUACGCAAUCUCAAGACCCUGUCACAUCAGCUGGAUAAUCUUUCUGCUCUGAAAAAAUUGACAAUUAAUUUUUGUAAUUCUCUCGAGUAUUUACCAGAUGGACUCAAAAACCUCAGAUCCCUUGAGACACUCGAGUUAAGUUGGUGUGACAGCCUUACAUCCUUACCGGCGACAGGGUUACAAGGCUUGUCUUCCCUGAGAUCAUUGAGCAUACAGAACUGUAAGGAACUAAGUUGUUUAUCUGAAGGAGUAAAACACCUGACUGCUCUCCAAUAUUUGAUGAUAAUUGGUUGUCCAGAGAUGACGUUUUUGCCCGAAGACAUGCAACAUUUAAAUGCUCUCCGAGCACUGUAUAUUGGAAGAUGUCCACAUUUGGAGAGGCGAUGCGAGAAAGAGAAAGGAGAGGACUGGCCAAAGAUAGCUCAUGUUCGUGAGAUUCAUAUGCAUCUGACGGAGCAACCUUGA